GGCGGCUAAAAUGUGACACUAUCAGCACGCAAGUGAAGCAGAUAAAGCGUGCGGCACGUUCGUUCGGCUUUAUGGUCCUUGAUAAGCCGGCUGCUUUUUGCCGAAUGAACGAGACCUUUGCGGUGGGUCGGCGCGCGGAGAAGGGAGUCGAGAGGCGAGCUCAUCGGGGCCGAGUGGACGGACAUCAAACGCACGGACACUAGGACGCAGGAUGGACACCGAGGACAGCAGCAGCCGUGUGGCCGCCUUCUACCGCGGCCGCUGCGUACUGCUCACGGGGGCCACCGGAUUUGUGGGCAAGGCACUGCUCGAGAAGCUUCUUCGCUCGUGUCCAGACGUGCAGGCAGUUUUCUGCCUUAUCAGGCCCAAACACGGAAAGGAUGUCGACGCUAGAUUUCGCGACUUUGCCAAAAAUUCGGUUUUCAACCGAGUCCGUUCAGAGCAGCCAGGGGCACUGGAAAAACUACGCCUGGUCGCUGGAGACGUUUUGAAGCCAAAUCUUGGCUUGAGCGAGGCCGACCUGGAGCUGUUGCGGCGCGAGGUGAGCGUUGUGUUCCACACGGCGGCCACCGUGCGCUUCAACGAGCCCCUUCAGGUGGCGCUCGAGAUGAACACCCUCGGCGCCAGGAGGGUCAUAAAAGUCUGCAAACAAAUGCCACUCCUAAAGGCAUUUGUGCACACCUCGACGGCCUACUCAAACGCGGAUAAGCGCGAGGUGCUCGAGAAGGUCUACGAGCCCAUCGUCGAUCCGGACACCCUGAUUCAGUUCGUCAAAAGCAUGCCCGUCGAAAUUAUCCAGGGAAUCGAAUCAACUGUGAUUGGCGCCCACCCAAACACAUAUACGUUCACGAAGGCGCUGGCUGAGGUGAUUGUGCAACGCGAGGCGUCAGAUCUGCCCACAGCCAUCGUGCGUCCGUCAAUUGUGACCGCGGCAAUGAGCGAGCCUCAAGAGGGCUGGAUUGACAACACGUCCGGUAUUACUGGCAUUGUAAUGGAGGUCAGCAGGGGCACCAUCAGGUCGGUGCUGUGCAACAAGAAAAUGACUGUCGACCUCAUCCCCGUCGACCUGGUGGUCAACACGCUGCUCGUUGCUGCUGUCGAUCUCCAAUCGAGAGGAAAUAGCGAAAUUCGAGUGUACAACUGCACUUCAGGCACGCUGAACCCUCUGCAGUGGGACCAGCUGAGGGAGUUUUCUGUGAAGGCAGGCAGGGAGGUGCCGAGCAAGUAUAUCCAGUGGUAUCCAGGCUGUACUUUCCGCAUCAAUUACCUGAUGCACAGGCUCAACCAAAUCUUCCUCCACUUCCUCCCUGCCUGCGUUCUCGACCUCGGCAUGAAGCUCCAAGGACUGAAACCAAUGAUGGUGAAAAUUUGCCAAAAAACCAUGCGAUCAGCGAACGCAGGGGAGUUUUUCGCGACGCACCAGUGGAAUUUUGCGGCAAGUCUGAUGGAGAAGCUGGCUGCGCACCAGACCGAGACGGACAGAAAACUAUUUCCGGUGAAUGUCCGAACGAUUAAUUGGGAGCAAUACAUUAACACUUACGUCAUUGGAAUUCGCAAGUUUAUUCUCAAGGACGACAUGUCCUCGCUCACCAGGGCCCGCAGCCGACUGAAAAAACUGUACUGGGGCCAGCGAAUCGCGCAGUGCAUCGCAAUUUUCGUUUUCGUGCUUUUCAUCCUCAAGUAAAAUUUAGAACAACGGCUGUACUCACUCGAAUCUGGCUGAGCUACUUCAAGUUGCGCUUCAGUCCCACGGUGUUGUCGAAUAAUUUGUUAUUCUUGAACUGUCCCUUCAUAUCCAGCACGUAAUGCAUCCGUCUGUUUUUCACCUUCAGCGGCAGCUGCACCUUGCACGCCUGCCUGCUUUGCGGACAACUUACCUGAAAUAAAUUGUAAUUGAAAUAGUAAAAGCAAUAAACACAAAUGAAUUUUAAAA